AUGGAAGUUCAAAUAAAUUGUUUGCAACUAAACCAAGUUAAUACUAUUCAUGACAAAGAAAUUAUUAAUCUUUCUCUUAUUAAUAAGAUAACAAAAGUUGAAAUGUAUAACUGUGAUGUUAUUGAUAAUAUAGAAAUGAAAGAUGGGGUUGUUGUUUAUGUCAUUCAACAAGGAAAAGAAAGUGAAUGGUUUUUUUCAACACGAAAAGGUAAAUUUGAAGUAUCAGAAGAAUUAGGAUAUAAAAGAACAAUUCUAGUUUCUAUAGAUUAUCAUCGUAGAGUUAAUGACAUAGAAGAAAUUUAUCAAGAAGUUAAAGAAAUAGGCAAUAUAUUAAAAUAUAAAGGAUAUAAAGGAGAUAUUCAAGUAAUGACAGAUGAAACAGGAAUAGGAAAAAGAGAAUUAUUGUUUGAAGGAAAAAGUAAAAUUAAUGGAAAACUUUGGGUUGAAGAAACAUGGAAAGAGGAAGGUGAAGGAAAGUAUUCAAGAAAACUUAUUUUUGAAGGAGAAAGAAGUUUAGUUCAAUCUGAAGGAAUUAGUAUUAACAAAAAAAUUGAUAUUGUAGAAAGUAUUAAAGAAGUUCCAUAUUUUAAAGGAAUUGUUUAUGGAAUAUUUAAUGAAGUGGGAGAAAAUAUUAAAGACAUUACUAUUAUUGGUGGUGGUGUUCAUAUUUUAGCAAGUGGAAUUAAACAUUGGUGUAAAAAUGCACAUGUUGUUAGUGUUGAAAUUGAUGAAGUUGUUAAUGAAGCAGGAAUUAAAUGUUUUAACACUGGAGAAGAGAUAGAACGAUGUGUUUGUGAUGGAGUUGAAUAUAUUGAUAAAAUAAAAACAGAUUAUAUUAUUAUUGAUGUUGAUUGCAAAGUAAGAAAUGAAAAUGAUAUUGCAGCACCACAUCCUAAAUUUAUUGAAGAGUCAAUGAUUGAAAAGAUGAAAUUAAGAAUUAAAGAUGUAAAUGGUGGGAUUAUUUAUAAUAUAGUUGCAAGAAAUGAUGAACAACGAAACAAUUUAAUUAAUAAAAUAAAAAUACAUUUUAAUAAAGUUUAUUUAUGGGAAAAUGAUGAAGAUGUUAAUGUUAUUUUAUUUUGUUUUCUAUCAAAUAGUAAUAGACUCAACUCAUUUAAUAAUACCAUUCUUGAUUUUUAUAAUUCUAUUACUCAAAUUAAAUAA